AUGGCCGUUGGCGCACCGUCACAUGUCUCCAGAGAAAUCUCCCUUUUUGAGCGCCUCCAGCAGCGUCGUGUGCAGCUGCACACCUCGGCGAAUAUAAAGAAUAAGGUGCGCCAAGCUUUUUUGUCGGUGGUCACCGCCUACGAGCAACUCUUCGUGGCUGCGUCGAAGGCGCUCGAGCCUUCGUCACAGUUCCUAGCCCUCUCGGCGUCGACGGCACUGCCCCCUUCCCAGCCUUCGUCUGAGGCAUCCGGCAGCGCCGAUGUUGGUGCCACGGCGGCCUUCUACCUGGACAAGAUGCAGCACACCUUUGAGGAGGCAAAGCGGUACUACAACAGCACUCCCUUUGACCAGCGCUGGGAUGACAUCCUCAGCUCCCUCGCCGUUCUUGGUCGCAUAUCGCAUGGUAAUGUCGUCGUCCCGUUUCACGACAGCGCCAAGGCAUUCGAGAGCAUGUGGGCCGCUGUCAAGGAAGCCAAAGAGCGGGUGUACUGGCAGACCUACAUUUGCAAGGACGACUUCAUUGGUCAAGGAACGGUACGUCGGCUCGUGCAGGCUCGCCAGCGCGGCUGCGACACGGAGCUCCUGUACGACUGCGGUGGCAACAUCUCGGGGCGGACGCGGCUGACAGAGGAGCUGAAGCAGUGCGGCGCCAAGGUGAUUCCGUACCGUCCCUUCUUCCGCAGCGUCGCCACGUACUUCAUCAAAGGCCUAGACUGGAAGCGUAGUCCUGGUAUCCGCAAUCAUCGCAAAAUUUUGCUGGUCGACGCGACUCAGGGUUUCUGCGGCGGACUGAACGUCGGCAAUGAGUACUGCGGCAAGGCAGCGGGCGGCACCGGUAAGUUCCGCGACACGCACUGCGGCGUCAUCGGCCCAGCCGCAGCACACCUUGCGGAAGUAUACAGAGAUACGAAGGAGCCGCACCCUUGGAAGUACGGCUGGCGGCGCUGGAGGCAGAUCGCCUCCCAGCAAAUCACGCGCCGUGUGAAGCAAGGGCGGAUGCGCAUGGAGCGUAACGAGCUGUAUCGUGCCUUUCAGGAGGAGCGUCGGCGAAGCGGUCGCCGCUUGCAGGACGUGCCGUCGGCCUCGAUGAAGGUCAUGCGCGGGCGAUGGAAUAAGCAGAAGAAUCAGCUGCUGACGCUGAUGCAGUGGAGCCGCUCGGGGCUUUCGAGGGAAACCCUUCUUGACCGAGAGGCGGUGCGUCACACACAAGGGCAAGCAAACAUGCGCGCAGGCGAAACGGAGGUAAAUUUGAGAGAAGGGGCAGCGGUCAGCUGCGCUGCUUCGGCUGAAUUUGGCGUCAAAGUCACCAGCCACGUACCCAGGUCCUUCGUCGUCAAGGACGCCAGCGACGAGACAACCACAUCCGCCUCUCCGCCACCGUCCGAGUUAUCAACGACGGCUGUUGGCACGCGUGCAGAGGCCCCGUUGGCGUCGCCCGCUGCCGUACGAAGCAGCGGCGGCAAGCUGAACAGUGCGCGCAAUUCCGCGAUGCGUCGAAAACUGUUGGCCGCGCGACGCGAGGCACUCUCUAGGGCGACAGACCUGCCGCACAAACGCGCCUACACUGAUCUGCUGCGGCGGAUUCCGAUUCUCGACACGGAGCCGGUCCCCGAGGCCCAGAUGUAUCUCCGACACCGUGAGCCCAUGACACAAGUGCUCUCGUGCAAUCCCCGCUACCGCGACUACUCCAUUCAGUACGCCUUUUGGCAGGUGACGCGCAAGUGUCACCGCCGCAUCUGGAUCACGACUCCCUACUAUCUCCCAACACGGAAGUUGUUCAGCGCCCUUGUUCAGGCCGCGCGUCGUGGCGUGGAUGUGCGCCUGCUCGCCGGCAGCAACCAGACAACGGACCCGUGGUUCAUGUGGCACGCGUCAAACUACAUCACCGAGCGACUCCUCAGGGCUGGGGUGAAAAUUUACGAGUUCCAAGGCCAGCAAAUUAUGCAUUCCAAGACGGUGGUUGUGGAUAGCGUGUGGAGCUCGAUCGGAAGCUACAACUGGGACCUCAUGAGCAACCGAAAUCUAGAGGUGUGUCUGUGCCACCUCGAUCUUGAAGUAGCCCACUCGAUGGAGACGCAGUUCUUGCAGGACCUCGCGCAGAGCGUGGAGGUGCGCCUGGAAGAUCACAAGCAGCGGUCACUGUGGCUUCGCUUCAAGUCGUGGCUUUUUUACAACUUUGUGUUUCUGCUCGAUCGUAUCACAUUCCGCUCCUUCGCCAACGAGGAUAUCGUGGACGCACCUGGGGCGCCAUGCGACUGA